GCCGAAGCUGCCCUCGGCCCGGGCUCGGUCCUCCCGCUCGCGGACUCCGCUCGCCGCCCCUCUCGGCAAGCGAGGGAGCCCCGCCGAGACCAUGAGGAAAUUCAACAUCAGGAAGGUGCUGGACGGCCUGACCGCCGGCUCGUCCUCGGCCUCGCAGCAGCAGCAGCCGCAGCAGCAUCCGUCUGGGAACCGGGAGCCCGAGAUCCAGGAAACGCUCCAGUCCGAGCACUUUCAGCUCUGCAAGACUGUUCGCCAUGGAUUUCCCUACCAACCCUCAGCCCUGGCCUUUGAUCCUGUACAGAAGAUCCUGGCAGUGGGAACUCAGACUGGUGCUUUAAGGCUCUUUGGGCGUCCAGGAGUAGAAUGUUACUGCCAGCACGACAGCGGAGCCGCGGUAAUCCAGCUCCAGUUCCUGAUUAAUGAGGGAGCUCUUGUGAGUGCCUUGGCUGAUGACACCUUACACUUAUGGAAUUUACGUCAAAAGAGACCUGCCAUACUGCAUUCACUUAAAUUCUGCAGAGAAAGGGUUACAUUUUGCCAUUUGCCUUUUCAGAGUAAGUGGCUCUAUGUGGGCACUGAACGAGGUAAUAUACAUAUUGUCAACGUGGAGUCCUUCACACUCUCAGGCUACGUCAUUAUGUGGAAUAAAGCCAUUGAACUGUCAUCUAAAUCUCAUCCAGGACCUGUUGUCCAUAUAAGUGAUAAUCCAAUGGAUGAAGGAAAGCUUUUGAUUGGCUUUGAAUCUGGAACAGUAGUAUUAUGGGACCUCAAAUCAAAGAAAGCUGACUACAGAUACACAUAUGAUGAGGCUAUUCACUCUGUGGCUUGGCAUCAUGAAGGAAAACAAUUUAUUUGUAGUCAUUCAGAUGGCACUUUGACUAUAUGGAAUGUGAGGUCCCCUGCUAAACCUGUGCAGACAAUCACUCCACAUGGAAAGCAGUUAAAGGAUGGGAAGAAGCCAGAACCAUGCAAACCUAUCCUCAAGGUGGAGUUCAAAACGACUAGAUCUGGGGAACCUUUUAUUAUUUUGUCAGGAGGUUUGUCAUAUGAUACUGUAGGAAGAAGACCUUGCUUAACAGUUAUGCACGGGAAAAGUACUGCUGUGCUAGAAAUGGACUACUCAAUUGUUGAUUUCCUAACGUUAUGUGAAACACCAUACCCAAAUGAUUUUCAGGAACCAUAUGCUGUAGUUGUUCUUCUAGAAAAGGAUUUAGUACUUAUAGACCUUGCACAAAAUGGCUACCCUAUAUUUGAAAACCCCUACCCUUUGAGUAUACACGAGUCCCCUGUCACAUGCUGCGAGUAUUUUGCUGAUUGUCCUGUGGACCUCAUUCCCGCACUUUACUCUGUUGGAGUCAGACAGAAACGGCAAGGUUACAGCAAAAAGGAAUGGCCCAUCAAUGGAGGUAAUUGGGGUUUGGGUGCUCAGAGUUACCCAGAAAUAAUUAUUACAGGGCAUGCUGAUGGGUCCGUUAAGUUCUGGGAUGCUUCUGCAAUAACUCUUCAAGUACUGUAUAAACUAAAGACAGCUAAAGUAUUUGAAAAGUCAAGAAGUAAAGACGACAAGCCGAACACAGAGAUUGUAGAUGAAGAUCCCUAUGCCAUUCAGAUCAUCUCCUGGUGUCCAGAGAGUAGAAUGCUCUGCAUAGCUGGGGUGUCAGCUCAUGUCAUUAUUUACAGAUUCAGCAAACAAGAAGUUAUUACAGAAGUCAUUCCGAUGCUUGAAGUUCGAUUGUUGUAUGAGAUAAAUGAUGUGGAGUCCCCGGAGGGUGAACAGGCACCGCCCCUGCCAACACCAGUGGGGGGCGCCAAUCCUCAGCCCAUCCCUCCUCAGUCUCAUCCUUCCACCAGUAGCAGUUCCUCCGAUGGCCUUCGGGAUAAUGUCCCUUGUUUAAAAGUUAAAAAUUCACCGCUCAAACAGUCGCCAGGCUAUCAGACAGAACUGGUCAUUCAGUUGGUGUGGGUAGGUGGAGAGCCGCCACAGCAGAUAACCAGUCUGGCAGUCAACUCCUCGUACGGACUGGUAGUUUUUGGCAAUUGUAAUGGCAUUGCGAUGGUUGACUACCUCCAGAAAGCAGUCCUCCUCAACCUGGGCACUGUUGAACUGUAUGGCUCCAAUGACCCUUAUCGGAGGGAACCCAGGUCUCCUCGGAAAUCUCGACAGCCUUCUGGAGCUGGUCUCUGUGAUAUCAGUGAAGGGACUGUGGUCCCAGAGGAUCGCUGCAAGUCUCCAACGUCCGGUUCUUCAUCACCACAUAAUUCGGAUGAUGAACAAAAAAUGAAUAAUUUUAUAGAAAAGGUGAAGACCAAAAGCAGAAAGUUUUCCAAGAUGGUAGCCAGUGAUAUAGCAAAGAUGUCAAGGAAGUUAAGCUUGCCUACUGACCUAAAGCCUGACUUAGAUGUAAAAGACAAUUCCUUCAGCCGAUCCCGGAGUUCGAGCGUAACCAGCAUUGAUAAAGAAACUCGAGAAGCGAUCUCUGCUCUUCAUUUCUGUGAAACUUUCACACGAAAGGCAGACUCGUCUCCUUCCCCGUGUUUGUGGGUUGGCACCACCUUAGGAACUGUGCUUGUCAUUGCCCUGAACCUUCCCCCAGGAGGAGAGCAGAGACUCCUGCAGCCAGUGAUCGUGUCUCCGAGUGGUACUAUAUUGAGGUUAAAAGGGGCGAUCUUGAGAAUGGCUUUCCUAGACACCACAGGCUGCUUAGUGCCACCUGCAUACGAAUCCUGGCGAGAACACAACAUUGCGGAAGAGAAGGAUGAAAAGGAGAAGCUGAAGAAAAGGCGGCCGGUCUCUGUGUCCCCUUCCUCUUCUCAGGAAAUGAGUGAAAACCAGUAUGCGGUGAUCUGUUCUGAAAAGCAAGCAAAAGUAAUCUCACUGCCAACUCAGAACUGUGCUUACAAGCAGAACAUUACAGAGACCUCAUUUGUUCUUCGGGGAGAUGUCGUGGCGUUGAAUAACAGUAUCUGCCUCGCCUGUUUUUGUGCCAAUGGACAUAUUAUGACUUUCAGUUUGCCAAGUCUGAGGCCCCUGUUGGAUGUGUACUACUUGCCUCUUACAAACAUGCGGAUAGCCAGAACGUUCUGCUUCACCAACAAUGGACAAGCGCUGUAUCUCGUUUCACCUACGGAGAUCCAGAGACUCACUUACAGCCAGGAGACCUGUGAAAACCUUCAGGAAAUGUUGGGUGAACUCUUCACUCCCGUAGAAACACCUGAAGCACCGAACAGGGGGUUCUUCAAAGGCCUGUUUGGAGGUGGUGCACAAUCUCUCGACAGAGAAGAACUGUUUGGAGAAUCUUCCUCAGGAAAGGCUUCAAGAAGUCUUGCACAGCACAUCCCUGGUCCUGGUGGCAUCGAAGGCGUGAAGGGAGCAGCAUCCGGAGUCGUCGGUGAACUGGCACGAGCCAGGCUGGCACUAGACGAGAGGGGGCAGAAACUGGGCGACCUGGAAGAAAGAACCGCAGCGAUGCUGUCCAGUGCAGAUUCAUUUUCUAAACAUGCUCACGAGAUGAUGCUGAAAUACAAAGAUAAGAAGUGGUACCAGUUCUGACCCCCAGAAGUCCAACUCAGUCCAACUUAAGCCAAAAGGAAAAAGCAUUUUCCUUAUUUAUUUCAUUGAUUUUACUUCAGGAAAGUUAACAUUGAAGGCCGUCCAUCACCGGCUGCUGCUCUUUCCUAGCACAACCACGCACUGUUGUUUCCAGGCACGUGGCUGUAACCGAGGGGCAUGCCAGCUGUGGGGUGACAGUUUGGGAACUACGCAGGUCACACGUUACAGACGAAGAACCGAGGCGGGACGUUGAGGGACGCCGCAGGGACCCUCCCCGGGUCAGUCUGGCAUUGAGCUUUCACAGGCCACACGGUCCGUGCUGUGUGUCCGCGGCCAUCAGUGUUGACCCCCGAGGGACAGGCUGCGCGUCGGGAGUGCGGAAGCUGGAACGCGGCGUCCGAACCGCCCACUGAACUGCGCGCAGCUGUCGUGGACUUUCCCUGCCUUCCGCCACCGGUCACCAGUGUCAUCAGUGAAAACGAAACAAACUGUUCGUUACCAUUUCUCUAGACGGAUACGCUGAGUGGUGGGCUUUAAACAAUAAAAACAUACACAUAGUUGACUCGUGUAUGGGCUACUCUUGGAUUCUUGUUCUGUAUACUUGUGUUUAGUCCAUAUUUUGUCAAAAGCAAAACAAGGCGAUCCAUCACUUUUCAUUGAAAAGAAAAGUGUAGAGCAUGACUGAACUGCUCACCAUCCGGGGAGUUGCCAUGUGGCUCCGCAGUGUGGGAAGUGAGAAGAGCCUCCCUGUGGUGAGGAGAAACUUCAGUGUCCCCGUCCUUGUUCUCAUUCAUUCAGCUCCAGGUGGAUUUGCCCAAAAUAGUUACUGGUUACAUUUGUAGAAAAGUUGAAAUUGGCUAAGUUUUUAAUUUUGCUUGAAUUUUUAUAAAAUGUUUAACCAAAUGUACCUUUGCAUUAUUUAAUUAAAAUUGCUUAAAAAUUG